GUCACUUGCAUUCGAGGCAACAGUAUAAGUAAUCAAUCGGAGCGAGAUAUUCAUAGAAAGUACGUCGUCAACCAUCAGCCAUUCACCAUGCUAUCUGCAGCAGAGCGUAUGGCGAAAGUGGUGAACUGGCAGCAGACGGCAAUCGUGUCAGCCGUCCUGAUCGCCACCACUAUAAUCGCUAGCCAAUGCUACACGGCUUCUUGGAAUGACAGUGCGAGCCGACCAUCUGACGGCUGCAAUAUCGCUGCCAGUGACCAGCAAGGCUCUCAGAAUCCCUCGAGAUUCCACAUUCGGGACUACGGCCUCCAGGGACCCAUUCCGUGGACGUACAUUCGACCGUCCGUUCGCGAUGAGUUCACAGUCAACGGUUCGAUCCAAGCCGUUGAUCACUUCUACGGUAUGGAUAAGCAUGACUCCGGAGUGAAGCCUAUCGUUUGGCCGACCGAGGAAAUCGACCUAAGACGGCAACGGGCAGAGGCGCGACUCCCUCAGGUUUCUGCUUACGGCGCAAAUACAACCUUAACUUUCUACGAGGCGUUUAAUAAGUACCCAGUGAAAGGGAAAUCGGUGCUGGUAGUGGGGAGUCAAGUCCCUUGGCUCGAGGCAAUUCUCUUGGCGUAUAAAGCUGGGUCGAUCACGACCGUUGAUUUUAACAAACCAGUUGCAGAUUAUCCCGAAUUGAGGCUGUGGAGUAUUCCCGAGCUGGACGCUACAGAUGAGACCUUUGACGUGGUAGCUUCUUAUUCGUCGCUGGAGCACGAUGGACUGGGGAGAUAUGGCGAUCCGCUAAACCCGGAUGGGGAUCGGCUCAGAAUGAAGAAG